CACUCGCAUUUCUGGGGUCUCCCAAAACCGGGGCCUAUACACAGGAAAUGCAAUCCCAGCGUGUGGGGCCCAGAGCUGGGAUGGGACCAACCUGCCCGGGAUGCCGCCGUCGCAGACCCUACUCGCCAAUCAGAAACCCGAUAAAGCUGUUAUAUCAAAAAACCUUCUACUUUCACUUUAAGAACCUACGCUAUGCCAACAGCCGGAACAACACCUUCUUGUGCUACGAGGUGACUAGGAUGGAGUGCGGUGAACUUGUCCCCCUUUACCAAGGGGUCUUCAGAAAAGAGGAUGACAUCCACGCUGAAGAGUGCUUCCUCUACUGGUUCCACACCCAAUUACUGGAAGUGUUACCCCCUAGUAAAGAGUACAAGAUCACCUGGUAUGUGUCCUGGAGCCCCUGUGGUACCUGUGCAGAGCAGGUGGCCAGGUUCCUGGCCACCCACCGCAACCUGAGCCUGACCAUCUUCAGCUCCCGCCUCUACUAUUUCUGGGACCCCCACUACCAGCACAAGCUUCACAGGCUGAUUCAGGCAGGAGCCCAGUUAGCUGCCAUGGACUUCCCAGAAUUUAAAAAGUGUUGGAACAAGUUUGUGGACAAUGGCGGCAAGUCAUUCAGGCCUUGGAAGAAACUUAAAAUCAAUUUUAGGUUCCAGGAUUCCAAGCUUUGGGAGAUUCUCAGAAACCCAGUGAAUCUGCUGAGAGAAGACAUAUUCAACUUGCAGUUUAACAAUGGGCACCAGGUUGAGCCAGUCCAGCAUCGCUACUACCAAAGGACGACCUAUCUGUGCUACCAGCUGGAGCAGUCCAAGGACCAAGAGCCGCUCAAAGGCUGCCUGCAAAACAAGAAAGGUAAACAUGCAGAAAUCCUCUUCAUUGAUGAGAUGCGCUCCUUGGAGCUGGGCCAAGUGCAAAUCACCUGCUACCUCACAUGGAGCCCCUGCCCGAACUGUGCCCAGAAACUGGCUGCAUUCAAAAAGGAUCACCCAGACUUGGUUCUGCGCAUCUACACCUCCCGCCUGUACUUCCACUGGAGGAGGAAGUACCAAGAGGCGCUCUGUUUUCUGUGGCAAUCAGGGAUCCAGGUGGACGUCAUGGACCUCCCGCAAUUUACUGACUGCUGGACAAACUUUGUGAACCCCCAAAGACCCUUCCAGCCAUGGAAUCAACUGGAGAGGAACAGCAGGUGCAUACAAAGAAGGCUCCGGAAGAUCAAGGAGUCCUGGGGCCUGCAAGGUUUGUUGAAUGACUUUGGAAAUCUACAACUUGGACCCCCGUUGCCCUGAAUGGCAAGAAGACAUUCAAGACAGUCUUAAGAUGUCUUUUGGCGUCAGCCCCAAGGCCAGGUCUGGAAGACCUUGCUCUUCUACUUCUUUCCCCUUUUAUUUUCUUUUGUUGUUUUGUUUGUUUUGU